AUGUUAGUUGAUUUGAACAUAUGUUUUCAGGAAUCAAAUUUGAGCUAUCGUGUUGGAGAAGUGAUGCAGUUAUUACAAGUGUUUCCAGUUAAUAUCAUUAUGGCAAUUUGCAUAUUCAUCACCAUAUCCCUCACAAACAUUUGUAGUAAUACAGUAACGGCAUCCAUCUUCAUUCCUAUUGUAGCAGAAUUGGCAAAAUCAUUGGAAAUUCAUCCACUAUACUUUAUGAUUCCCACCGCUCUCGCCUCUUCAAUGGCUUUCACUCUACCCGUGGCAACUCCACCAAAUGCAAUCAUUUUUGCAUCUGGCCUGUUACGUGUCAAUGAUAUAUUAUUGGCUGGAAUACUGGCCACUAUCGAAUGUGCUCUAUUAGAAAUGCUAUUUAUGAUGACAUGGGCAACAUACCUAUUCGAGCUGGACAAAUUCCCUCUCUGGGCCUAUACUCCAACAGAACUAGUAUACCGGAACCAUACUUUGUUUGAUAUAUUGGCUAAUGCAACGGCCAAAUAG